AUGGUCUGGCGAGUCUGCGCUCUUGCAGCUGCAGUCACAGUCAGCGUCGUACAGGCUGGCCCCCUUCCAACAGGUAUUUGCUACGCGCCGUGGCAUCACCCCACCGUCACCUACGAUGUCGUAGGCAAGGACUUGACCCAGGUCAGUCAGUACUUUUCCAGCAUCCGUACAUUCCAAACACUGUUCAGUGGCGUGAACGUCAUCAACUCGGCCGCAGCGGCAGGAAUCAAGGUGGCUGUAGGCGUACAGCUUACGGAUCCGGCACUAAUUGACGCAGAAAUCAAGGCGGUGUGUGAAGGUUACAAGGCUAACCCGAGUGCCGUCGAAGCUGUGUACGUUGGUAACGAAAACCUCAAGAACAAAGAUUUCGGAACGUUCACGGCCGACCAGCUCGUCGGCUACAUUACGCGUGUGAAGGAGUGUGUAGGAAAGACUCCAGUCGGUUCAGUGCAGCGUAUUAACGAGUGGCUCUCGGCCGAAGGCGCAGCCACGCUGUCUGCGGCGUGCGACGUUAUUGGUGUUAACAUUUACCCGUUCUUCACGAACGGCCCACAGACGGCCGUCGAAAAACUACAGACGCAAUGGGAACAAAUGGCGGUGAAAUACGAUGCAGACAAGAUGCACGUGACGGAAACUGGCUGGCCGUCGGAAGGUGAGAACUACGGCGCGAACGCGCCUUCGAUCGAGGGCAUGCAGAAGUACCUGGACGACUACGUGGAAUGGUCCAAGAACGUCCCUCAGAGCUACUGGUUCAUGAUGUACGACACGACAGUGAGCUACACUGGUGCUGAGUACGAGAAGCACUUUGGCGUCUUCACUUCCGAUGGAAAGCAGAAGAUCACCGUUCCGAGCGGCGAUGGAGCGCAGAAGCAAAGCAAUGCCACGGACGCGUCCCCAACGCAGCAAAAACAGCCAAAUGUAUCGGCCGACCCUCCUGCUACCGUGAAGAGCAAGGAUACCCCUGCUAACAAGACCGCUGGUGCCACUUCUACUCCUGUCUACACAUUCCAGCAGGACAAUACUGGCAACGAAGCCGGCACUGUUGCUCCAUUCUCUGAACGUGAUUCUGGAACGUGUAGCCAGAUCGUAUCGUCUGGAGACGCAGCAGUCGGUAUCAAGAUCGUCACAGACAAGACCUGCGCUUCUGGAGGCGUGGGAUGCCUCGACAAGAUAUGCCGAUACUGCAAAGAAGUGAGCACUACGCAGUCCUCGAAGUUCGUCGACUGUGCUUCGAUUGAAGGGAAGUCAAGGAAGCUGUAGAUUUCAAAGUCAUAGAGAUUGUUUUCGUAGCUCUAGACAAGUGUAUCUCGGCUUUUACUUUGUGUUCAUCUUGUAGGGAGUCGCUGGAAACUCCAUCCCGGUCGAAGGAACUGUUUGUACACAGCUUGAUCAAUAAGAAAUGGUUUGGCAACAUUAUCCUUCAUUCAGCCUUAACUACUGAGCUUUAAAGCACAAAUUUAUGAACAGCAUGUAUAGGG